UCAGACGCUGAUCAUUACGGACGGAGCGGCAGUUUUCAAGUAAAGGUUAGCUCCUAAAUGAAAGAAAAAUGCCUGGGUAGCUGAAAGCAGACAUUUUUUUUAAAUCAGCGUUUAGCUACGAAGUCAGUGAGCUUAAUGAAAAUAUUUCUCGGAGCUCGUCUGGAAAGUUUCUCUGACUGUUCCCUUCACUAAUGAUGAAAGCUGCUGUCAUGAGGAUGUUUCUGUCGCUGUUCGCACUUAUUCUAUCAGGAUUCAGAGUCCGAGCGGAGGAGAAGCCGCCCCUCAUCGUCCACCACCCCACUGAUGUGGUGGUGAAAACUGGAAAUCCUGCCGCCCUCUCCUGCCGGGCGGACGGCAACCCAAAGCCGGUAAUUGAGUGGCUGUACAACGGUCAACCCCUACAGACAGACCAGUUCCAGCCCGUGGUUUUGGUCGAUGGGAGCCUCUUCUUCCUGAGUGCGGGAGAAGGUAGGCGAAGUCAGUUCCAUGAGGGCAUCUACACGUGUGUGGCCACAAACAGCGCUGGCAAGGCCGUCAGCCGGAACGCAUCGCUGUAUAUUGCAGUGUUAAAGGAGGAAUUCAAUGUGGAGCCCAGUGAUGUGAAUGUGGCAGAGGGGGAGGUAGCUGUUUUAGGCUGCGAACCUCCAAUCGGACGCCCGGAACCUAAUGUUUACUGGAAGCUGGAUGGCUUGCGCAUCAACACCAGUGACCCCCACUACACUGAGCUGAGUGGGAAGCUUAUCAUCGCUUCUGCAGAGAAGAAGCACUCUGGUGUUUAUGUGUGCGUGGCCAGCAACACUAUGGGAGUGAGACAGAGCAGAGCGGCUCGGCUCUCUGUACUGGCCAAGCCUACAUUGGUGCUGAAGCCAGAAAAUGUGUCCGUAAGAUUGGGGGAGUCUGCUGAGUUCUACUGCCAAGCCGAAGGUGACCCUCCACCUGCUGUGGUCUGGAGCAGAGAGCAGGGGCCACUGCCCAACGGCAGAUAUCUUGUCAACCCAGACCAGACUCUCCAGAUCCACUAUGUGACAGCCCAGGAUGCUGGGAGGUACACCUGCACUGCCGUCAAUGACAUUGGGGUGAUCACGUCCAGUGCACAGCUGGUAGUUGAAGAUGCUGCCAGCGCUAAACAGAAAGACCUCCACAAAGAGCUGUCAGCCCUGCGAGUCAUUUUGGAGAACAUCACCAUCGUGGCCCCUGGGUCUAACACAUCCCUGGUACAAUGGAAGCUCCAGUCCCUCGCAGCCCAACCCCACUACCUCGAUGGCUUUGAGGUUCUGUACCGUUCUCUACUACCGGCUACCUCAGACUGGACAGCACAGAAGGUGACACCAGCCCGCUUCCAAGCGCAGGUGGGCCCCUUAAAGAGAGGCUACAAGUACGAGUUUAAAGUUCGGCCCUAUGGCGGCAGCUUGUAUGGGAGGGAGAGCAACACUCAACACCUCAGAGUACCUGAAACAGUGCCCAGUGCCUAUCCGCUGGAUGUGUCCGUAACAGUGAGCCAUGGACAGAACAACACCGUCCAUUUGAGCUGGAAGCCUCCUCCUCAUGAAACCCACAAUGGCAUCAUACAGGGGUACCAGGUGUGGUGUGUGGAGUCUGAGGAGCAGCAGUUCCAAAACUGGACCGUGGAUAGCGGCCACCACAACCUUAAUAUCUCUACCCUCAAACCAGGGAAACGAUAUUGGAUCACCAUAGCAGCAGUCAAUGGAGCUGGAGUAGGCAUGCUGAGUGACCCUCAUGGAUUUGUCAUCAAGUCACAGUUAGAUGGGUUUCCUGAGUCAGACAGCCAAAGGCGGGAGCUGUCUUAUGUCCUGGCCCUGUUUCAGAACCCAGUGUUGAUCGGCAGCAUUGGUGCUCUUCUGUGGUGUAUUCUGAUGGUUGCAGCUGUCUACCUCUUCAGACGCCACAGCAGGACAGGCCACCUGAUACCAGGACAUGGAAAGGCUAAAGGUUUGCGCAGACUGGCCAGUGAAGAUCUCAUUAUAAAACACAGAAUGGCAGCUCCAGAUUCACCGUGGAUCUCUGGAACCUGGAGACCUGCUUUUAACCAGAAAUACCAGGACUUAUGGGCCCAGGGUCAGAGACACCCAGGGAUCAGGAGCACCAGCCUCCCAGUGUCAUCCAAAAAGGACAGCACCUGCAUGGAGUCAGCUGUCCCCAUUGUGACUGACAGCUGUGGUGUUUAUGGAACUUUUUAUGUGGACCUCAUGGGCAGCGGCCUCAAGACAUUCAACAGUCCUGGACGUUGCCCUAAAAGGCCUCAUGGUUUGCCCAGUCAGCAAGGAGCCGAGACUAUCCAGAUAUUCACUCAGCCUGUUGCCAAGUCCUCACCUCACAGUGGCCGGGAAGCUCUGCCAUGGAAACAGGCCAUACGACCCCAGCCCAAGAUGGGUGUGCUGAGGGAGUCAUGGGAAAAGAACUGCAGCAAGCAAGAGUUGCACGCAGUGAACAGUGUCCCCGUCCUGUCCACCAGGAACCAGGCUUAUCCAUCCAGUGUCUACAAACAGAGACUCAGUCACAUACCGCCAGGCCGGCACGGUGGGCAUCCAGACUGUGGUAAAGCUGCUGGUUGUCCUCGUCUACUCCAUUACUCUGCAUCGCUGCACCUAGUAGACAUGCUGCCUCCCCCACCACCGAUGCCCACAGAGGACACCACAGACACACACAGCUACACCUCAGAUGAAGGCUCCAGUCGCUCCACAAAGCUAACAAUGGACAUGGGCUCUCUCCAGUCAAUAUGUCCUACAUCAGGUCACAAUAGGCAACCAGGAACAACCACCAACAGCUGCCCCUCCUACAGCCACCUGUCCACUGCAUCGUACUCCAUGUCAGUGGAUAAUAAUGAACAGGGUGGCACACUGACGGCACAGGAGGCCACUGAGUACCUGGAGCUCAGUCCUAAACCAGAGAGAUGCAGUGUUCUUCCUGAGCAGCGUCCCUCCUUGCCCCACCACUUUACCCCCACCAUGGGCUACCUCUGCGGUCCAGUCCGCUCCACUCAGUUGGAGGAUGACACCGCCACCGACGAGCCUGAGCUCCCGCCGAUUGGCUUGCGUCAUGCCCGCCUCCAGAGCACACCUUCCUCCUGCUACAGCGAUUGGGACAGCUCACUUUGGAACACCUGGAGCUCAGUCAUGGACGGCAACCUAGCCAGCGCCCGCACCAGUCUCAUCAGCUCCGUGGACAGCUGCUACACUAACGACAGCGCCAACUUUGCCCGUCUACUGGCUGUGGCAGCAGAGACCAUGAGUGGAGCCUCUUUGUCAGACUUCUCUCCGCCGGCCUCCCCCCUCAGCGCCUUGUACCCGUCGUUCCGUGCAGAAGGCGACUCGUUCGGGGACCUGGAGCCCGUUCCUGCCUGGGACUGGAGCACGGCCUGGAUGGAGGAGAUGGAGGCCCAGUACAGAACGCACUACCCCGGCAGAAGCACCAAACCCUUUGACACUUAAGGGCUCUGCUAGGACAGUGUCUGAAACAAUACAGCAGAGAGCUUCAAAAACACCGCCAGCAGAGAGGACAGACACAGUGAUGAAACCGUUUCAAUUUCUCUAAAGUGUGGGAAACAUUUCUGACGUCUGAACAAUUCAGGGUUUGAAGAUUUUCCCAUUAUGACUAGAUAAAUAUCUGGCUUUGUAAUAGGAUUAGAGCCAACUCCUUGAUGUUUGGCACACCUCUGCAAGUAGACGCACGUCUGAUGUUAUUUGUAAUAGUUUUCCCAUUUUACCUCAGGGAAGUCUGGCUACUAUUUUGCAUCCUUGAAAUGACUUCCAUAGAGUUGCAAAAGUUUUUUUUUUUUCCUUCCGCAUAUCUAUUCCUCUCAUUAGAGAAGAGGAUAAUGAGAUACUUCCCUCGGGAUGUUCUCUCCGAGUGUGUUUUGAAAAGGCCAGAAAGACACAAAGACGAGAUGUGAGACAGUGAAAAAGCAGUCAUUAGAAGAAAACCAGAGCUCGAGAUUUCCUCACAACACACGUCUGUUUUCUGUUUUCACGUAUUUGUUGCUGGGUUUUUUUUCUUUCUUUUUAGGGCUGAAGUCCUUCCAAACAGUGCAUCGUAAUGUGGUUUUGUAUCCAUCAAAUGUAUAUGUAUGUAUAACAAAUGUUAUUUAAAGAGUUGUAAACACAUUCCAGAUUAUUUUCUGUCCUGUUUAGUGAUUCAUUUUACAUGCUGAGAGUUCUUUUAUAUUAUAAGAGUAUUGAUAUCUUCAUACACCAUGUCCACUUUUUAAAUGUCACACAAAUUUGCAGUAUAUUGUAGUUGGCAAUAGCAGAAGUAGAAAAGAAAUUUGAAAGUGCUUAAUUGUACUUCCUGAAGGUUUUAUCUUCAAUAACUGGAAUUUUAGUUUGUGAAAGUCUGAUGCUCUAUGCGUAGCUUAGUCUUUGUAUGCUUUUUUACUAAUGACAUAGAAUUUAACAUUUUGAAAGAAUUUGAAUUGUAUUUUAUACACUUUACAUUACAGAGAGUUUUUAUAGUUUGGAAUAAAAUCAUUGUAUCGAUUGGAAUCAAGUUUGACAUUUUGUAAGGACUAGAGCUGUGAAAUAAAAAUCUCUGUUGUGUUACAUUUGUAAACCUUUCAGCUA